AAUUGAGAGCGAUACAGAAGGGAACAUAUUAGGGGAACAAUUAGAAACGGGUUUGGAUGAUACUUUUAGUGAAAAUGAUUGGGGAAAUGAUGAGAAACCGGAUGCAAAGUUAGAAAUAGAAAAACGCGGUUCUUAUAAAAUGGGUAAGACACCAAAAUUAACUUAUUAUGACAAAUGGAGACCUAGUGGCUUGUGGACAGAAGCAGCAAAGGGAACUCAAAAAUUAGAAAGCUUUUUUAAUUUGCAAGAUAAAUCAAUGUAA